AUGCUGAUAAAGCCAGGAGUUGACAGUGGCUUCACGCUGCCGGGAAACAGACUUCAGCUUGGCCCAAUCCCCUCACAGAGUCCUUUUGCUUCUCUAGCUCCAGCGUACCCCAGAUUUUCGGGGAGUCUGGCAUCCACCUUCCUACCCGUGAGCCACUUGGAUCACCAUGGAAACAGCAAUGUUCUCUACGGGCAACAUCGUUUCUAUGGAACCCAAAAAGAUAACUUCUACCUGCGAAAUCUGCCCCCUCAACCUCCGAUCCUGCCUACCAACCACAACUUCCCCAGCGUGGCCCGUGCUACCCCUGCCCACCCCAUUGGCUCCUGUAGCCGGGACCGGGUUGAGGCUGGUCCCCCACAGAAGGGCCCUAAAGAGUUUGACCGCUUCCUCAUGGGCAAAGAGCUGGGCAAAGAGAAAGCCAGCAAGGCAGCAGAGGGCAGGGAGCGGCCAGCAGCAGAAGAGGACAGUGGCAAGGAACGGCACAAGCUGGUGCCACCCAUGCCAGCUGAUGGGCCCUGCAAGGAAGCAGGUGCUGCACCCCGGGGCUCCUGCAAUGGCCGCCCUAAGCACCUCACCUCCUGUCUCCUCAACACCAAGGUGCUCAAUGGUGACGUGGGCAAGGUUGCUCUGGCCAGCUGUGCAGGGGGUGUGCUGGGGCGGCCCGGAGUAAGUGUGGCAGCUUCUGGACGCUGUGCCAAGGAGGUGGGCCCCGUGGAGCCCGGGCCAGCCUUCAGCGAGUGCCUGGAGCGGCGGCAGAUGCUGCAUCACACCGCGUCCUACACGGUGCCAUCCGGCCUGCCCACCGGGCCACCCCCACCCCUCAGCACAGCCGCUGGCUCUUUCCCCUGCCUUCAGCUGCACACAGGCCCAGAUGGACUCUGCCCUCUGCAGGACAAAGUCUCCCGGGACCUAAAGGCCAGUGGGCCCACCUUUGUGCCUUCUGUGGGACACCUGGCUGACAAGAGCCGCCCCUUCCAGGCGGCCGAGGCCUGUGCUGUGGCAGGUGAGGGCAAGGACCGGCACCUGGAUGGGGCCAUGGCCCCUGACCAUGCCACGCCCUAUGGAGUCUCCUAUGCCCACCUGAAGGCUGAGGGCAAGGGUGAGCGGCGGCCUGGGGGCUUUGAGGCAGCCCUCCACCCCCGGCUAAAGGGGCUAGAGUAUCUCAGCACAGGCCCUGAGGCCCCCUUCCCUGGACUCCCCAAGGGCGGUCUAGACAAAAGCAACUACUUCGAGUUGCCGGUCCCUUCACAGGACUGUGCCCGGCCCAGCCACCAGGACCCGCUGGGCGGGAAGGCUGCCCAGGCCUGCUGCACUUUAGACAAAGCACCCAGCAAGGAGGCCCCCACCGGCCCCCCUGGGGCCCAGAAGGUGGCCCGGAUCCGACAUCAGCAGCAUUUGGUGGCCCCUGAGCUGGAGCCAGGGGGCAGUGGGGCUGAGGCUAAGCGCAAGUCCUUGGAGCUGGCAUCUCUGGGCUACAGUGGGCCCCACCUACCCCCAUGGAGUGUCCAGACAGGCCAGGGCACCCCCAUGGCCAUCAGCGAGGAGCGCAAGGGCAGUGCCUACCUGGACCCCUUUGGCAGUAGCUUGCAGCAGGCAGCCCUCCUGUCCCAGGAGCUGCCCACCCCACCGGAUGAGGUCUCUGCCAUGAAGAAUUUGCUCAAGUACAGUAACCAGGCCCUGGUGGUGGGUCAGAAGGCACCCUUCGUGGGCCUGGGCAGCCUCAAAGCUAGCUGUGUCCAGCAGGAAGCAAAGUUCUCGGCCUCCAAGGGCCCAGGCCCAGUGGAGAGGCCAGAUUGUGCCCGCAGCCGAGAGCAAGAUGCCCCACAUGGAGAUGGGGAGGUGCGGCAGCCUCCUGUGGGCAUUGCAGUGGCUUUGGCCCGGCAGAAGGACACAGUAAGCAGGCCUGACACAGUCUACAGCAACAACAGUGGACGGCAGGGCCGGGCUGCCCCUACUGUCAGAGCUGGUGCGGGGCCACGUGUACACAUGCUGGACCUGGAAGGUGAGGAGGAGAGGACACGGAUGUGUGAUGACCGCCUGGGGCUGGCUGGCCGUGAGCUACUGCUACAGGACAACAAAGACCUCGUGGAAUUUGCUCGGAUCCACCCCUCGAGCAGCUGUCCCGGAGACCUGGCCCCCCACCUCAUGAUGCAGGGCAGCCAGCUGGGCGGGGACCCAGCCCCCCACCCCCACCCUGCCCACCCGCCCUGGCUGCCCCGCACCCGCAGCCCCUCCUUGUGGAUGGGGGGACAUUCCUACGGCCUUGGGCACCCUGCCCUACACCAGAACCUGCCCCCUGGCUUCCCUGCCUCUGUGCCCGGCUCCAUGGCCUCAGUGUUCCCCCUGCCCCAGGACACCCCCACACAGCUGGUCAUCCUACCCUCGGAGCCCACACCCCACAGCCCACACACACUGGCUGAAGUCAUGGACCAGGCCUCACUGUGGCCUCCCAUGUAUGGAGGCCGGGGCCCUGCCUCGCAUAUGCAGCGCCCAGGCCAGCUCCCCGUGUACUCAAGGUCCCAGCUGUUGCGGCAGCAGGAGCUGUACACCCUGCAGCAGCAGCAGCAGCAGCAGCAGCACCACCAACAGCAGCACCACCAACAGCAGCAGCAGCAGCAGCAGCAGCGGGCUGCCCACUUCCAGCGGAAGCCUGAGGACCACCACGUGGAGCUGGAGGAGCCCACCCAGGAGAAGGCCCCGAAGUCCACCCACAAGCCAGUUGCCUUAACCCCCAUGGCCAAGAGCACCCCCUCGCCCAACACUGCAGGCCCGGUCAAACUGUCUCCCUGCUGCCACUCGCCCACCGUGAAGACCCCUGCCAGCUGUCCCACACCACCACCUUGUCCCAGUGCCCGCUGCACUUUAUCCGUCUGCCCGGCCAGCAGCCCUGAGCCUGGCUCCAAGGUGCCCAGUACCGAGGAUAAGAGUGGGGAGGGCCGGCAGGCUGGAGCUGACCUUACCACGUUGGAACCAGAGCUGCCUCCAGGAUUUCUGCGCCCCGCAGCCAGCAUGGGCUUCUCCUCCCUUUCCUCAGAUGUACACUCCUCUGACCUCCCAGAUCCCGAAACUAUGCAAACUGCCACCCCAGGGGCCCAGUCUGAGCCCACAAGGACGUUCCUGCCCAGGGAGCCAUCUCCCUGCAGCCCUGGGAAACUGGAGGGACCCCGGCUGCUCUCAGGGGCCAGGGAGGCCACCCAGAACCUUGCCGCUAUACCCCACCCCGCCGAGCGGGGGUCCCCGGGGAAGGCAGAGGACCCCAGCCCACUUGAGGGCCUACAAGAACUGAGAUUUGGGGCUCUCCUUGAGGGAGGGGGCCCUGAGGCCACUGACCAGGCUACUUCUACUCAGGGAGGGGCGCAAGAGGAGAGGACUAGAGAGGAGGGGGCACAGGGGCCCCUAACAGGUACCUCCCCACAAGCGCCAGAGAAGCUAGCAGGGAGCCCGGGUGCCCUGGACAAGGAUGAGGAGGGUACCCAAAAGGCCCUGGAGAAGGCCCAGAUGCAGGAGGAGGAAGCCCAACUGGGGGAGGAAAGUGUGGGGGACUCAGAGGAAGAGGGGAGGGCUCCCAGCUGCAGCCACCCACCCAGGGCACUGCUGGGCUUGGAUGCCUUGGUAGCUGCCACUGUGGACCUGGGAGACCUGCCUAGCAUCAGCCUGCCAGAUCCUCAGCCACCCAUGGCCUCUGGGUCCCCAAACACUGCUCCCCUGCCCUGUGGCUCAGGGAUUCAUGGAAUUGCCCUGCUCAGCGAACUAGCCGACCUGGAGAUCCAACGUCAGAGGAGUGAGCAUGCCACACAAG